GUAAAGGCCAGACAGUUCACAGUGGUGCGAUGUGCUCUGAAAGCCGGGUGUCGCGGUCCAAUGGUCUGCCUAGAAACAGGCAAUUAUUGAUCAGUUUACAAAUCCAUACAAGAUUUGUCUGCACCUUUCAUUCAUUCACCAUUCAUUCUCACUCUCUUCUCUCUUCCACAACAGCUCUCGGGAUAUAGUCCGCUACCAUCAGAAAUAAACAUCACAACAUCCCUAGAUCCUAUCCCUGUUCAUCAUCGUCUUGUCUCAUCCGAGUUCUGGAUGAGAGGAAGAAUUUCAGCCAUCAUCUUGCCAGUCAGUGAGGGGGAGAGAGAGCCUUGAAAGAGUCCUGUGUUGAUCAGAGGAGUUUGAAUCGUGAGCCUGGACCUUGUAUCUCACAGGCCAAACCGUACUGUUUACCAUCAUUUGUUGUGUUGCAAGCUCAGGACAUAUUUUCCGGAGGCGGAGAUAUUAUUGGAAUGGGUGACAUUCAUCACACGGAACCCAAAGAAAAGAUAGAACUUCCAUAUGUGGACAGUCUUCCUGCCAAAGUAAUCAAUGGUUGUGUAGCGGGUGUAGUCGGUGUGACUUGUACCUUCCCCAUUGACUUGGUCAAGACUAGGCUUCAAAAUCAACAGGUUAUCGAUGGAAAACGCAUCUACAACAACUUGUUAGAUUGUUUCAUAAAGACCACCAGGGCAGAAGGCUUAAGAGGAUUAUACCAUGGUUAUGCUGUAAAUGCCACGUUGAUCUCCCCGGAAAAGGCCAUCAAACUUGUCGGCAAUGAUUUCUUCCGCCAUCUUCUCCGCACCCCAAGUGGGCACUUGCCUUUCCAUCGAGAAACCCUUGCCGGAGGAGGCGCAGGCUUCUGCCAGGUGAUAAUCACAACCCCUAUGGAAAUGCUCAAAAUACAACUACAAGAUGCUGGCCGGAAAAAAGCGCUUCUCCUCAAACCAAACGGCGUCGGCUCCGUCUCCGUCAACGACCUCACAGCCUCAGGCAAACUCAACCCAGUACUUGCCCGCUCCUACUCGGCGAACACCCGGACCGUCCCGUCCUCAGGCAUGGCUAUCGCACGGGACCUGAUCCAGACGAAGGGGUUCUUUGGUCUUUACAAGGGUCUCGGGGCCACCAUGAUGAGGGACGUCCCGUUCUCCGCGAUCUACUUUCCAUUCUUUGCACAUCUCAAUGCCUUGGGCUUCCAAUCCGAGACGGGGAGAGCUAGUUUCUUACACUCGUUCGUAUCAGGGUGCAUAGCUGCCACAACAGCCGCUGUCUCGGUCAACCCCGUUGAUGUUAUCAAGACCAGACUACAACUCUUAGAGCACGCCGAGGGCGAGGAAACCUACACCGGUGUCCGGGACUGCUUCACCAAGAUCCUCAAGAACGAAGGACCUCAGGCAUUUUUCAAAGGUGCCACCUGCCGAAUCCUCGUCAUCGCACCCCUCUUCGGCAUCGCCCAGGCAGUCUACUACUUUGGCGUCGGCGAGUACGUCAUCGACCGCUUCAACACACUGUCGUUCUGAGGAAGCGGCUAGGAUGCUGUCAUCGCCUCACCUUGCUUCAUGAUCAUCUACGCUUGUGAUUGUCUUCAUGCUCUGUCGCACUGCCUCUCUGUCUGGUUUUCUUAUCAUAUGGUGAUGUAUGUUGAUCUUCAGAGAGCUGACUCGUCCAGCUAUUGAAACCUCAGUCUUUGAUGUUACACAGUAUUAAUAUUAUAAGGAUACUAUGGGAGUUUGGAACGUGAUCUGUGGUUUAAAUCCUAAUUUUGCCAUGUACAUCAAACUUGUUUUGGUAAUCGGAAUAAAAGGGGUUAGGUGAUUGUGAAGCUGUAGGUUAAAGGCGAGAUGUCUGGUGCAAUUUAUUCUUUGUCAUCGAAAAUGGAUGAGGUGACAAAGAGACAUGAAAUUUUUAAGUGUGUGAUUCAAAUCAUCAGCUUUAAAACCGGUAGGCCAUUAGCUGCGUGUCGUUUGUGACUUUCACCCUUUUCCAUGUGAUGAUAAUUAGAACCAGAAGGGCACAAGUCACAAAUGACACACAGCCAAUGCCCUCCUGGCUCUGAAAAGCUUUGUUGAUUUUGAUUAGAGUAGACUCCAUCCCUUUAAUGUGGGUUCUAUGCAGAGUUGCAUAGAAACACUUUCACAGUGAUUCCGUUAGAAGUGCAUUCUAAAGUUGGCUAACUUACACAGAUCUAGGUAUAUGGGACUGAACAUUCUCAUUUCGUAUGCGAAGUCUGUCGCUUCAAUUGUACCAAGUCAAAUGGAAUGUUGGAAAGUGUACUUGUAUUGUUAGUAUAGAGUAUCAAAUUUCUUAUCAAGUCAGGAAUUGCUUUGAAUCGGAGGAUUUAUCCUGAUGUGAAGCAACGCCAAUGGUUUUUCAAAAAUUUCUCUUUUAACUUGCUUCCAUUUCAUUCCAUGCUCUUGGAUUACCGGGAAAAUGGGCUAUUAAACGGAAAAUCAUUUCCACCACAACAUCAAUUAUCAGGAUAGUUAUGGGAGAUAUCAACUCUAAAAAAUGCAAUUUGCAGAAUUUCUGUAGAUUAUCAUUACAGAAUUAAUUGAUUCUAGUACAACUCAGUAUUGUAUUGUACAAUUUUUUUUAUUUAAUUAAUCUAUUUAUUUCUAUUUUGAUCAUAUGUGUGAUGAGUGCUUACAUGACAACAGUAUUUUGUGUUUUUAUUUCACUCCUCAUGCAUGAAAAACAAUCCGUGUAUCAGUUCAUAAUGGGUUAAAAGGGGAAUCUUGUGUGGAAUUUUAAAAAGAUUUUGACACAUUUUAUUUAAUUUAAUUUCGGCCCAUAAUUUCUUUACUUUUAAAAGUAUUGUUUAUUUCAUGAAUUCAUCCGUCUUCAAACAAAGAUGAAUAUAUGUAUCCAGUUAUUGUAAUGGAGUGUCUUUGCAAUAUGUAAGGUUUAUAACGAAGACUGGUGAAAAGUCUUUCGUAAGUAGAUCUUUUCCAGAUAUUUUAUUAAUAUAAAUGGGCUUCUGAUGUGAUUGGCCUAAACUUGUAGAAAACAGAAGUAUGUCACCACGGCCAUUCAUUCCUAUACUGAAAUUGGUUGUUGUAGCCGUUUUGAGUAGCCUGAACGCCUGAUGACAAUGGUUAAGAAAAAUAAUGCUGAUUCUGAUGCUGCAAGGUAUUGUUAUAUCGUAUUCAUGGCUGAAAAUAUUCCUGAAAUGAAGCCUGAAAUAUUAUCCAAGAUCCCAAGCGAAAAUUUCAGGCUCGGAUUUUUGCGAUGGUUAUUUUCCUUGCAUGGAUAUCAACAUCAUUUUGUGCUAUGUCGGCAAAAGUAUGGAAGUUAGUGUUUACCUGCGCUGCACAGUUAAUGCCUAUCUGCAAUAUUUUAAUGGUGAUUAUUAUUUGUAUGAUUUCUCUAAACUUAUUUGGGUCCACUUCUAGGAGAAGUGGAAAAAAAAAGACAGGUUUGUAAUAGCCGAUAUUUUUACCUCCUGUAAAAUAAAAGAAAUCAUUGCUCGCAAGUCGCAACUAGUGCAUAAACAGCAGAACAUUGAAGGAAUUUUGGCAACUGGAGGAGAACGAAAACGGAAAGGUUUCUGGGAGAUUGAUAGAUGUAUAUUCACAUAACAUCAGGGAGCUUUCGAAAAUGGUACGCAGAGAGGACUGUCGAUCUGGCUAAAGUUUGAUCUGCUCGUGCUCGGUCCUUCGAAAGCUUCCAAUUUUGGCAGGAAUAGAGCUGAGCUGCCAGCUAGCACUGAUUUUCAGCAUUUAGUACUGAAAAAUGAGAGUACUGUUGGUUUCAUGCAAAAUACUGAUUUCUAAAGUUUCAGUUUUAUGUGUUAUCCUAUGGUAUGGUAUAUCUUUGAAAUACUGCUUUCCUCACUAAAAACUGAUUUUCAGCUGUUAAAAUACUGAAAUGAUCUGGUCAGGUUGGCAGCUCGGCUUAUGCGAAUGUUAUCGAUUGGUGUAGUAUACAGUGAGUAGGUAGAAGGACUGUAAGAUAUGUCCUUUUAUUUUUAUUUUUCAUCUGUUCCACCUCGACUCGACUGCCAUCGCCUUUCCAUUCAUAUAACCUUCACUCCGUCCAUGCCAUCAUCAUCAUUCCCGGGGAGUGUUUCAUGAAACAAAGAGUUAUUGUUAUAAGCUACUGAAAUCCUAGCAUCUGAUUGACUAAGAUUGCUCUUGAAUGAAAAACUUUUCAUGAAAUGUUCCCCUUAUAUCCGUGUGGUCUGUUCAGAUGCAGAAGGGCACUAUUUAGGUUUCAUAUAGGCUCUUUCGUCUCUGAACAGAUUGUAUUGAGUCAUGUUGAAGUGUGAUUGUGUGUGUAAGACCUUUUAGUGAUACUUUCACAUGAACCACUCUUACAAAGAUCGCAAGAAAAAAUUGUCGAAUAUUUGUUUAUGUGUAUGACUCUUGUGUGAAAUUUCAAAUGAAAAACUUACAAUGUUGCCAGAGAAAUUAAUCACAUGUAUAUAGCUGUAGAUGUUUCAUGUAUGAUUAAUAUUCCUGGUGGGUGUUUCAUAAAGCUGUUGGUAGGUUAAGAGCGACUUUACGAGCGACUGGUGGUCCUUUUUUGUGUUAAAUGGUAUAUUCAUUGGCGAUGCUUAAGUGCGUGAGAAAGGAUCACCAGUUGUUCUUAAAGUUGCUCUGAACUUACGAACAGCUUCGUGAAACAGCCCCCCUGACAUGAAAUGGCUUUCAUUAACAAUGUGUUGAUAAGUUGUAACUGUUGCAGUAUUAUGGGCACAAAUGAUUGAAAUCACUUGUAAACUGUGCAUUCGUAAUAAUCACAUGGUGCUCCACUGUGUACAUUUUAUUGAAAAAACAUACUAUGAUCAAUUCAUGGUAUGGUAUCUUAUGCAUGUAUUCACAAUAUAUUAUGAAUAUAUUUGUGUCGCAUAAAAUGCAAAUCAUAAAUGUUUUGAUAGAAAUGUGUAUGGUUCCUGCCAAUGUGCGAAUACUUUGCAUUGUUUUGUGUUAAAGCAGUUCAUAAUUUGCAAUAUUGCUAUCCACCAACAAAAAGAUGAAAAGCAACUAUCAUUAAAGAAAUUGAUACCCUAAAAAAAAUUGGGAUUUUGUGUUAACCCCCCCCCCAAUUUUUCCUUUCAUUUAAGCUGUUGAUUUGAUGUGAAAUACACAUCAAGAUAAAAAAAAUUAAAGGAAAAAUAUAUACCCUCCCUCAAUUCAUAUUUGAAGAUGUCUUGAAAUGGUAAUCUUCAUGGAAUAUUUGGCAAAGUUCUGAUUUUGACCAAACAGAUCUUCCACUUUUAUUUAUUGGUCCAUUAGCUGAGCUCUGUAUUUAUAAUAUCCAUUUGCUGAUAAAAGGGGAGUUUUUCACAAAGUUAUUUACAUUUGAUUUUCAUUAACAAUUGUUAUAAGCUACUGAAAUCCUCCCUUUUGAUUGAACAACUUGUCUGUGAAAACUCAAUGACAAGUUACUUCAUGAAAAGCUCCAAAAUAGUCAACUUAUUUUAUUUGGUCAUUGGUUCUUUUAAUGUUUCGCCAACUAAACAUUAUAGACUAGUGUUGUUAGAAUAGAAAGGGUUAGAGAAUGGAAUAUAUUAGAUUAGAAAGGGUAGAUAACAGAAUUUCUUGUAUUAGGGUAGAAAAUAGAAUAGUUAAAAUAAAGCAAUAAUGGGUUGAUGGUUAAUGUAUGUAUUAUAUGUAAAUAAGAUGUUAUUAUUUGAAGGGAAAAAAAAAGAAAACUAUUAUGUGUCUUGUGAAGUACAAUGCAUCCCAUGUUAUAAACAGUAUUUCUACAUCAAUUCCCUUAUGCAAGGGAGAUGUGAAAUAUAUACGUUCUAUUUAUAAGGGAAAUCCCCUUUUCACCUUGCUUCCAUUUCUCUCUCUCUCUCUUUCAGUCUCUUUCACUCUCUCUCUACCAUUUUCAUGUUUUAUUUCGAAGGGAAAUCCCCUUUUCACCUUGCUUCUAUCUCUUUCUCUCUUUCACUCUCUAUUUCUCUCUAUCAUUUUCAUCUUUUCUGUUCUUCCUCUCAUAACAGUUCACUUUUACAUUUCAUAUUCUUAACUAUAUGUGCCAUUCUGUAACUGCAUAGCAGACCUUCUAAAAAGUACAAUGGAAUAAUUUUCCUUUGAAGUUUGCUUCAUAGUGUAUACAGUACAUUAACUAUUAAUACUGAUCAAAAGAAUAAUGCUAUUAUUUUUCAUGCAUGUAUUCACCAAAGAUCGUAUGAUGUGUUACCACUUGCAUGUGAUAUCGUUGUGUCUUAAAACGUUUUGAUUUUUCGCCGAUUGGUGCUAGGGUAUGCGAAUGUAAUAUUACCGCGUAUCCGACAAUACCAGGAAUUAUCUGUAAAUAUUUUUCUCUUUAUUUUCAAGUCCGAAGGACUUUUGCUGCAUAUGCCAAGUUGAUUAUCCACAGCAAUAAAUGGGUAAUGAUUUGCAUGUACAAUGCAUAAGUUUGUGUUUUGUAGCAUUGGAUCUACGUCCUUAUGUUCUGUAAAGGAAAAUACUUGUUAUAGCAGAUGAGACUACCGGUAUUCUUUGACAUAAGGACGUAAGAGUUGGAGGAAAUAGAAAUGUAAAUUGCGUUCAAGUUCAUAUCUGAAUAGUGUUGACAUGUGUCUUUCUGGUCCUAACUGAGAAACCAAAUACUUACACAACACAGAUGAAAAUGUAUCAGUGUCAUAAGGGCACAUGUGUCAUUAAGGCUGUAAUCAGCACACCAUCUUAGUGAAGACACAUGAAAUCAUUUUUAUUUUAUAGAUCAAUAUGGAAUUCAUAGAGUGUAACUCUCAUUGCUUUUCUUACAGUUUUAUUUUCAUUUUAAAUUGUUAUUUUUUUCAGUGUUGCUUUAGCUUGCUCGUUGAAAUAUAUAUUUUUGAUGUACGAAAACUAUAUUUUUGACAUAGUAUUAUAUACUCCCCAUCCAAGCUUCUGGAUGAUUAUCUUAAAGUUGAUUUUAGCAUCCCAAGAUAUCCAAUCUAUCAAGCAGAAUAGCAAAAUACACACCCAUUCAUUGUUAUUGUCAUAUUUGAUAUUGCUUUAAUGCUUUCUGACCCAUGCAAAUGGAAUUUGAAAUUCCAUUAGCAAUUGAAAUAAAUUACAACUUCUAGUACAUUUGAUGUCCACUAGACUGCCCAAACUGUCAAAAAGUUAACUUUUUUUAAAAUACCAAAAUAAGGCAAGAGAUAUUUAUGCCAUUUAUAAUGUAAGUGAUGUCUAUUUUAUGUUUCAUCUUGAAAAAGAAAUAUGUGAAGAUGCUGCGAGAUUAAGCUGUAUAUACGUGUAGCUGCUAAUAACAUAAGUACUGCUACCAUUCACAUUAAAAUGUGAUGCGAUUCCCAACUGCUGUUAAUUGUAACAUCAGAAAUUUUUGGAAGAAAAAUAUGGGAAGAAAAAAUUUCCAUGAGAUAUGCAUGUAAAUGUCACCCUCAUUCUUGAAGUUUUCUUUUUUUGCUUUUGUUGCCUUGGCAAACUUUGCCACUUCUUAGAAAUAGAGCAUCGCCAAAAACAAAAUAAAUCACUAUGAAUAAAUGAAAGAUGCAUUAUAUGAUAUUCUAAUGAUGUACAAGUUCUUCAUAGUUUUCAUGAAAUGCCUUUUCUAUGCUAUAGUUUUUAUCUUUGAGAAGUUUCUCUGCGGAAUUUAUUUUCUUGGCUAAAAGCCGAGUUUUCAUUCAGAAUAAGUUUUCUGCAUGCUCAGCCAUUCUACUGGAUAAAAUUCCCUCGCAGCUUAUGAAAUAAGUAUUAUAAUGACUUCUUUGUACUCAUAUGUAUUCGUUACGGUACAUGUUAAAUAUAUUCAGUAUAUUGUAAAAGUGAUAUAUUGGUCAUAUUUCUUGUCAUGGUUCGUAUUUACCCCCCAUUUUACAAAAGGAAGUAAAAGUUUCAUAUUCUAUUUGAAUUUAUAAAAGAGUAUUGGACAUUACCUAUGUUAUCGGUCUCAUGGUUAACAUUAUAAAUUAAAUUUAUGAUUUACUUUAUUUUAUGUAUUUGGAGACAAUAUUUCGGAGAACAGUGCAGCUCCAAGUGAAUAGACAGCAAAGCAAACAUGUUCUAUCUGAAUAUUUUUCAUGACAUGAAAAUAGCAUAAAACAGGAUGAGCAGGUGCUCUUUAAAGAAAACCGAUUCCCGAAGUUCAGGGAAUAUGUCACUUGAGCAUACAUGUUAUACAUUACAAGUGUUUGCUUUAGUGUGCUUAUCCAAUCAAAAUGUUCUCUUUAAUUCCAUACUACUUCAUAAUAUAAUCACAAAUCCCUGUAUUUGGAAAGGAAUAUUAAAAUGAUAACAAAAUUAUUGUUAUGAAGUGGUCAAAAUUAUAUUAUUUUGUCCAAAAAUAUAUUUAUGAUAUGAACAUGAAAUGUUACGUGAUAUUUAAAUUGGAUAUUCAAGUAAUGCAUGGGUUUGUAAAAGUACUAUAUAUUGACCCUUUUUUGUUUGUGGCUUGUUGAAAAUGCAGCAAUGACAAAAGAAUGAACAUGUUUGCAUGUUUUAUAGAAAUAGAAGAACAGGAGGAGGUUGUGAUGUAAUUGGUAUUUUUUGAGGAAAAAAUGAUAUAAUAAAAAUCAUUAAAAUGA